CACCAUCACCGACCUUGGCGUCACUCUGCAAUGGCGUCCAUGACUAUUCCCACCGAUAUCAGCAAUACGACGCUGAUCAUCUUGGCCAGCAACAUGUCUACGCCACAGCCUCAGACUCCGCGUCGCAUUGCCGUCGAGGGCUUACGAUCAGAUGGUGACAUCAAGUCCUUUCGACGUCGACUGCCCACGAUCCUUGCCUCAAACGAUACGUCGAUGGCCGUCGACAUCUUCUUUAAGGGAAGCGGCGAGCGAUCCAGCGCGGGUGUCCCCAGUGGCAGCAAGGACAAGUUUGAGAAGCGUGUUCGAGAUUGCCUCGAUGCCGGCAAGCCCAUGUCCAUCAACUAUCGUCUCCGUCCAAAGGCUGCUCAGCCUACGGGCGCGCAGAGCACGACGACGACGACCACCACCACGCCAGAAAGCAACAAGGAGCCAAUGACCUUUCAGCAAAACCUGGCUGGUCUCGUCAAGUGUAUCAGCGAAUUGCAGACUGAGAAUCGCAAGCUCAAGGCUGAGCUCGCCACCAAGAGUACGCCAGUCUCGGAUGCUCAGCGCAGCAAGGCGUCCGCUGAUCGACCCACUCAAAAACUUGACCUCAAGGAGGAGGCAUCCGGUAUCGCUAAGACGAUGAGCAAGUUCCUCGACGCGUACAGUACACUCAUGAGCCAGGAUGGUAUCAUGCCCGGUCCCGUGGCUCCCAGCGACGUCCCCGUCCCGCCCAGCGCCAGACCUACGCUGCACCCUAACAUCUACUGCGAUGGGCCGUGUGAUUCACAGGUCGAGGGCAUCCGCUUCAAGUGCACUGCAUGCCCCGACUUUGACAUGUGCGAGCCCUGCUACAAAGGUCACCGCAAGGCACACGUCAAGACACACGGUUCCGACCACCUCUUCCUCACCAUUCACGAGCCUCGUCUCUUUGGGAUCGCUGUCCAAACGGCCAGGGCCAAGGAGAUGGGGCAGAAGUCGAAGCCCGCCCAAGACAUGGCUCGAGGGAAGGAGGAGAUGGAGACGAAGGACAAAGUUGCUUCUCCUCCCACCUCUGUCGCACAGCCGCGCGUAGUCAUCGACGUCCUUGACGAGCCCGUGCCUGACAACUCGGAGCUUUCGGCGGAUGAGAAGGUCGAAUUCUCGUCGUCCAUAGCAGCGGCCAUCAACAAUGAAGGCGACAGCUGGCCAUCCCUCGUCAAGAACAUCGUCUGGUUUCUCCACGGCAGCGCGGCCGUGCGCGCCAUCAGUGGCGGCGCCGAGACUCCUGCCGACGACAUCACUCUCGAUCUCGACCGCAUAACACGGGCUCAGGUUCAGCAGGUCAAGAUCUUCCUCCGCGCCAAGGAGGUCGAUAGCGAGCAAGCAGUGGUCCGCGCGCUCCACGAGCAAGCCUGCGGCGAGGGAAAGGUAGAGAGAAGCAGCGAAGCGAGCGAGAACGUCUUCAUGGGCGAGCCAGACGAUGCCGCCGCCGCCACCGGUCGCAACUCCACGACGGCGCCCGCGUCUGCAUCCGUGCCCGCGUUUGUGCCUCUUGGCUACAAGAUGCAGUCCGGCACUUGGAACAGCGAGAUCGUCGAGACCACCGCACAAGGGUGGACGAUACGCAACACGGGUGCCUCGCCCUGGCCGCUCCAAGGCAAGGAUGCAAUUGUAAUCGAUGUCGUGUAUGCCGGCCCACGCUGGCACGGGACUGUGCCUACGACAGAUCUCAUCAAGGGAGGCGACAAGCUUCAGCUGUCAGCGGGCGAGACUCUCUUUAUCGCCCGCCCUGCCGAGGUCCUUGACGAGGCUUUCCUCAGAUUGGCUUACUACCAUCGCAUGGGCUCCUCCUCACCUAACCGAUUUGGCGAGCAGAUUCAUCUCACAGUCAGCGCGUCCCACGGCGAGUCCGCCAUAGAGCCCUCGUCCACGUCACUCUCAAGUUCUUCGCUCCUCACCAUCCCUGUGGCCCCCGAAGAUCACGACGGCUCAGCUAGCCUUGCUCCCGCAACGGACGUCGAUGGCUUCUCCGACGUGACCACUUCCGCCACCCACACCACCAGCGAAAGCCUCCGUAGCCCGGCGCUCAGCAGUGUCCGCUCCUCGGAUGUCGACGAUGAGGAUGACGACGCUUUCGAGCUCAUUGACCGCGCGACGGACGAGGAGAGUGUGGUGUGAAGACACGCGGCGCCGCGCAGCGCACGUGCGUGAGAGCUCCUGGCUGCGGCUGUGUUGUCCUUCAUCUUUGACUCUUACAUUCAAUGACAUCUGCUGACAAUCCGGA